AUGAAUAGCCCCCGUAGCAUCACCGCCGCUGUGCGAUAUGCUCUCCGUGCCCCAGCCAAGCCUUUCUACAAGACAUCUCGAAUCGCCCCUCCACUGACGACAGUGCGUUCGCAAUCCUCACAAACCUCUAGAAAGAUACACCAACAGACAGCCCAAAAUACUCAAGCAGCUGAGUCACUGGGUCCCGAACCCCUACCCUACGCGUCGACGAACCCAGCUCUUGCGUUUCCCUGUCUCGAUGCCGUAGAAUCGAGGUCCGCAUCACUAUCACGUCGCUCCUUGUCCGGGCCUGAGCCGGAGUAUACUACCGGAAAUCACCUCAAUUUUCACUCGCAAGAACCUCUUCUACUGGAUUGGGGAGGGAUUUUGCCGGAAUUCAAUAUCGCAUACGAAACCUGGGGGACAUUGAACAAAGACAGGAGCAAUGCCAUUUUGCUACAUACCGGACUGUCCGCUUCAAGUCAUGCCCACAGCACGGAUAUAAACCCGCAGCCAGGAUGGUGGGAGAAAUUCAUUGGGCCAGGGUGCCCUCUGGAUACUGAUAAAUACUUCGUCAUCUGUACGAACGUAGUGGGUGGAUGCUAUGGCUCAACUGGACCCUCGUCCAUAGACCCAGCAAACGGCGAACGCUAUGCAACCAGAUUCCCAAUCCUGACCAUGGAGGACAUGGUCCGCGCCCAAUUCAGACUUUUGGAUAGCUUGCGUAUCGAGAAGCUUUAUGCAAGCGUAGGGUCGAGCAUGGGCGGCAUGCAAAGUCUCGCAGCUGGUGUCCUCUUCUCUGAGAGGGUAGGGCGCGUGGUCAGCAUCAGUGGAUGCGCUCGUAGCCACCCUUAUAGCAUUGCCAUGCGACAUACUCAACGCCAAGUGCUUAUGAUGGAUCCAAACUGGUCCCGUGGUUUCUACUACGAUGGAAUACCGCCACAUGGGGGAAUGAAACUGGCUCGCGAAAUUGCUACAGUAACAUAUCGAAGUGGUCCCGAAUGGGAACAGCGAUUUGGCCGCCGACGUGCCGAUCCUUCGAAACCCCCUGCGCUGUGCCCGGACUUCCUCAUUGAGACAUAUCUCGACCAUGCCGGCGAGAAAUGGUGCCUCCAGUACGAUCCUAACAGUCUACUCUACGUGUCGAAAGCCAUGGAUCUAUUCGACUUAGGACAAGAACACAGAACACGCAUCAACAAGCUAAGAGCCGAGAACGAGUUCAAACUUUCUGCCUUCAAGGAUGGCGAGGGCGUCUCUACCACCCCCAACGGAGAUGUUUGCACUCUCACGCUUCCUGAUCAACCAUAUGAGGAGCAAGAGGGAAGCUCGUCGAAUGGAGUGGACGAGCCCGUUGCUAUACUCGAUCCCCAUGAACCACCGAAAGAUCUCAUAGCCGGCUUGAAACCCCUUGCCGAUACACCUACUUUGGUUCUGGGCGUUGCUAGCGAUAUCCUCUUCCCGGCCUGGCAACAGCGAGAAAUCGCAUCGACGCUCAGGCGUGCGGGAAAUAGAAACGUCACCCACAAGGAACUCGGUGAAGAGAAGAGUCUGUUCGGCCAUGACACCUUCCUUCUCGACCUGGAAAACGUUGGCGGGAGUGUCAAGGAGUUCUUGGGAUGA